AUGAUCGCCAUCGCUGUCCACAACGGGAUCCCCGCAGCACAUUUUGAGAUUUGGAACUCCAACCCAUUCGAUUCCCUCCACGGCAAUCAAAGUCUGGAUCUGUUGGUCCUCUUCCCUCUUCAAGGGCUCUUGGUCUGGCUGGCAUUGUGGGCCGUCAAGGCCAAGGCCUGGAAGGAUUUCUGGAAGGGCUACCUGGUGGUCUAUUUCCUGAGUUUCCUGAGCAAGUGGUUGGCGGCACAGAAGAGCAUCAAGAGCGCGAGUCUGGGAGAUUCCAUCUGGGCGAUUCUAUUCGGAGCCGUCCUUAGGAACGUGAUGGCCGGAUCUCCGCAACCGGACGGACGGUCGAAACCCUUGCCGCCCUGGCUCAAGGUCGCUCAGCAGACAGAGCUUUACAUCGCCACGUCCUUGGUACUGCUGUGCAUUAACUUUGAGGUUCUGAAGCCUCUGGCACCUCGCGCCCUGUUUGUCUCAUGGAUCGACACUCCUUCGCUGUUCGUGGUCGUCGCUAUGAUCGGCACCAGCUGGCUCAAGAUCGACUUCCAGACCUCGAUGAUCAUGUCCGGCGCGACCUUUAUCUGCGGAUCCUCUGCCGCCAUUGCCCUUGCGGCCUCCUUGGGUGCAGGCAAGAAAGCUGACCUGCCCAUUGCGAUCAUCUCUGUCUUCACGAUUCCGUCGAUUAUUGCGCUGCCCUAUAUCGCAAAGGCGAUCAACGUUGGUCCCCAGGUAUCUGGCGCCUGGUUUGGUGGAUGUGUCGAUUCGACUGGAGCGGUCAUCGCGGCGGCAACGAUCUAUGGCGACGAUGCGGCCGUCCAGACCGCAGCCGUGGUCAAGAUGGUCCAGAACGUACUCAUCGGUCCUAUUUCGGUCGGUGUUGCCGCGGUGUGGACACAGCGUGAGGAGCGUCGCAUGCGAGCGCUGCACAACUCGCUCGAGGACGACCUGUUACGCUCCAAGUCGGAUUUCAAGCCGGUACCGUACCGCACAUUGCUCUGGAGCCGAUUCCCGAAGUUUGUGCUGGGGUUUGUUUUGACGGCAGUGUUGUUUAACACGGUGGUGCCGUCAGAGGACAGAGAGCUGGUGAAUUCCUUUUCGUUUAUGGUGGGCGAAUGGUACUCGACGAUGAGUUUUGUUAGCAUCGGAUUGGGCCUGCAGUUCCAUGAGCUGAGAAGAGAGGCGAGAUUGUUACUGAAGUUGACGUCGUUGUAUGCGAUCGCGCAGUUGGUGGAUAUCUUGAGCACCCUUGGACUUGCCUACAUAGCUUUUGACCUGAUCUAG